ACACGGUGCGUAACCUUCGCGGCGAAAGUAGCAAAUCUGAUCUUGCGGAAACGAGAGAGUGUUCCCGUCUCUUAGCUUAAGGAAAGGAAAAGGAGCCGCAGCGCGUCACCACAAUACUCGUCGUAAUAGUGAGCGGUGGUCUGCUACUUACACAGAGUGCAACGGACGGCGAGAUAUAGACGGACGGAGACGGUGUGGUUCCCGAGUGUACAGCCAUGACGUCCGACAUCAUGAAUGACUCACUUCUGGCUCCUUCGUCGUGGCCAGCCGGGGUAAGCUUCUUCGAGAGGCUAUGGUCUCAGAGGGAUCCCCGGGUCAAAGAGUGGGGCGGCAUAACGGACGCCCGGUUUAUGUUCCCACUACUGGCCACCUACGUCUACUUCGUCAAAAUCGGCGGGCCCCGUUGGAUGAAGAACAGGCCCGCGUUCGAGCUCAAGGUCCCCAUCCUGCUCUACAACCUGUUCAUGGUCGUGGCCAACGCGCUCUUCGUGGCCAAGUUCCUCAAGCACUCGUACAUAGACGGCGGCUACAGCUUCUUCUGCCAGGGAAUCGACUACUCGGCAGUUGACGAGAACACGAUGACCCUCCUGAAGACUGCGUGGUGGUACGCGUUCGUCCGGAUAGGGGACUUCCUGGACACCAUAUUCUUCGUGCUUCGCAAGAAGAACUCGCACGUCACUUUCUUGCACGUCGUCCACCACUUCCUGGUCGUCUUCGACUGCUGGAUUUGGAUGAACUUCGGUCACGACGGUCAAGUAAUCCUGGGUGUGUGCGUGAACGCGUCCGUCCACGUGAUCAUGUACGCCUACUACUUUCUGGCCGCGCUGGGACCCGAGGUUCGCAAGCACCUUUGGUGGAAGCGGUACCUCACCACCAUCCAGAUCGUCCAGAUGAUAUGCGUCGUGAUGCACAUGCAGAUUCCACUCUUCUACGACUGCGGCUAUCCGAGCGCCUUCUGCAUCAUCGAGAUUCUGCAACUGUGCUUCGGCAUAGCACUGUUCGUCAACUUCUACUUGAAGACCUACAAGUCGCGAAGCAGCGGAGUUUCGGACGCGGCGAAGGCGCGUAAGACUGAAUGAGAUUUUAGAAGCAAGUGACCUUUCAUUGAGGUACGAACUGUUCAGUGAACUUUUGUGUCGUGCAUUUUUAACGAGGCGCCUGCGCAUUGGGGGCAGCCAAGCGUAUUUUAUACUCAUAUUUAUGCACAUAUUGGCGCGAUAUACUUUGACGGUUUAUUUAUACGAAUCUGUCAGCACGGGAGAUAAUUUGCGAACAUUCGUCACCUAGUGCAAGCGACGAACACGUGAAGUGUUUCAUUUCGUUAUUUUAACAUUACAGCAAGUAAUUAACGGGAACAAGGGCGUCGCCUGCGCUCCUUUGUAAAAGUUCAAGCUACGCGAAUGCGUAACAGACGAUGACUAUGAAGAAAAGCGCCUCUCCAUCAUUGUGAAAAAUCGCAUUUUUAGCAGCGGCUCUUUCUUGAAGUAAUUUCACGUUCAUUACGACAGACCGGACAAUAUCGAUGGCGCAUUUCGUUGCUGUAUUUAAGCUUGUUUUGCACAUGUCUGCGAAAAACAAAGCCACUUUUGGCGGGCUGCUACGGGAACAUGUUUGCGCAAACAUUACAUAUAUUACAUGUUCGUAUGUAUAUAUCUGUAAUAAAACAAGUCACCGUC